AUGGAGGAAAACAAAACGACAAUCACAAACUUAAAGGUACCAGAGGGUGGUACUGGAGACACAGGGCGAGAAAGAACUAAGACAUUUACCUAUGAUUUUUCCUAUUUCUCAGCAGACAGUAAAAGUCCCAACUUUGUUUGCCAAGAAAUGGUUUUCAAAAAUCUUGGUACAGAUGUGCUUAAAUCUGCUUUUGAAGGUUAUAAUGCUUGUGUGUUUGCAUAUGGACAGACUGGAUCUGGGAAGUCCUACACCAUGAUGGGAAAUGCGGGUGAUGCAGGUUUAAUACCUAGAAUUUGUGAAGGAUUGUUCAGCAAAAUAAGUGAAAAAACAAAGCGGAAUGAGGCAUCCUUUCGAACAGAAGUCAGUUAUCUGGAAAUCUAUAAUGAACGUGUGAGAGAUCUUCUCAGACGGAAGUCAUCAAAAACUAAUAAUUUACGAAUACGAGAACAUCCAAAAGAAGGGCCGUAUGUUGAGGAUUUGUCUAAACAUUUAGUGCAGAAUUAUACUGAUGUAGAGGAACUUAUGGACGCAGGAAAUAUAAACAGAACGACGGCUGCAACUGGAAUGAAUGAUGUCAGUAGCAGGUCGCAUGCCAUUUUCACGAUCAACUUCACUCAGGCCAAAUUUGAUUCUGAAAUGCCUUGUGAGACUGUUAGCAAGAUACACUUGGUAGAUCUUGCUGGAAGUGAGAGAGCAGAUGCUACUGGUGCCACAGGAGUUAGAUUGAAGGAAGGAGGGAAUAUUAACAAAUCUCUAGUUACCCUGGGAAAUGUCAUUUCUGCCUUAGCUGAUUUAUCUCAGGAUGCAACAAAUCCUCUUUCAAAGAAGAAACAAGUAUUUGUGCCUUACAGGGACUCCGUAUUGACUUGGCUGUUAAAAGAUAGCCUAGGAGGAAACUCUAAAACUAUAAUGAUUGCCACUAUUUCACCUGCUGAUGUAAAUUAUGGAGAAACUUUAAGUACACUUCGCUAUGCAAAUAGAGCCAAAAACAUCAUCAACAAGCCUACUAUUAAUGAGGAUCCUAACGUCAAACUGAUCCGUGAGCUGAGAGCUGAAAUAGCCCGAUUAAAAGCCCUGCUUGCUCAAGGGAACCAGAUCGCGCUUUUGGAUUCUCCAACAGCUUUAAGUAUGGAAGAAAAGCUUCAGCAGAAUGAAGCAAGGGUACAAGAACUAACCAAAGAGUGGACAAACAAGUGGAAUGAAACUCAGGAUAUUCUGAAAGAACAAACCUUGGCUCUGAGGAAAGAAGGGAUAGGUGUUGUGUUAGAUUCUGAACUGCCUCAUCUGAUUGGCAUUGAUGAUGAUCUUCUCAGCACUGGCAUCAUCUUGUACCACUUGAAGGAGGGCCAAACAUAUGUUGGCAGAGAAGAUGCUGUGACAGAACAGGAUAUUGUUCUUCAUGGCCUGGAUUUGGAAAGUGAGCAUUGCAUCUUUGAAAAUCUUAAUGGUACUGUGAAUCUAAUACCACUGAAUGGAGCACAGUGUUCUGUGAAUGGUAUUCAAAUUACAGAGGCCACACACCUAAACCAAGGUGCUGUUAUAUUACUUGGAAGAACUAAUAUGUUUCGCUUUAAUCACCCCAAAGAAGCUGCUAAGUUAAGGGAGAAAAGAAAGAGUGGACUGCUGUCUUCCUUCAGCUUGUCUAUGACAGAUCUUUCAAAAUCUUGUGAGAACCUGUCAGCAGUUAUGCUUUAUAAUCCAGGUCUUUUCCCUGUAAAAGGACCGAUCUGUCUAAGGCUAGAAUUUGAGAGACAACAACGAGAGGAACUUGAAAAAUUAGAAAGUAAAAGGAAACAAAUAGAAGAGAUGGAAGAAAAACAAAGAUCUGACAAAGCAGAACUUGUUAGAAUGCAGCGAGAAGUAGAGUCACAGCGCAAAGAGACAGAGAUAGUACAGCUGCAAAUUCGAAAACAGGAAGAGAGUCUGAAACGGAGAAGUGUUCACAUUGAGAGCAGGUUGAAAGAUUUGCUGGCUGAAAAAGAAAAAUUUGAAGAAGAGAGGCUACGGGAACAACAGGAGAUAGAGCUUCAAAAAAAAAAGCAGCAGGAAGAAAUUUUUGCCCGAGUCAAAGAGGAGUUGCAGCGAUUACAAGAACUUAAUCAUAAUGAAAAAGCAGAGAAAAUGCAGAUUUUCCGUGAACUAGAAAAACUUAAAAAGGAAAAAGAUGAACAGUAUAUUAAGUUGGAAUCAGAAAAAAAGAGACUUGAAGAACAAGAAAGGGAGCAGGUGAUACUGGUUUCUCAUCUAGAAGAACAGCUUCGAGAGAAACAGGUCAUGAUAGAGCUCCUGAAGCGAGGGGAUGUACAAAGAGUUGAAGAAGAGAAAAGAGAUCUUGAAGAUAUUAGAGAAUCUCUUUUGAAAGUCAAGGAAGCCCGAUCUGAAGGUGAUGAAAACUGUGAAGAGUUAGAAAAAGCACAGCAUGAUUUUGUAGAGUUUAAAAGAAAACAACUGGAGCAGGUGACUAUUUUGGAAAAAGAUUUAGUUCAACAAAUGGAUCACCUAGAAAAGGAAAUAGCAGAUGAAAAAAGAGCUUUGGAACACUUAAAAUUUGCGUGUGAAGAACAUUUAAAUCUCAAGAGAGAUGAUGAAAACUUUGUGGAUGCUGUACUAAAGGCUGAAGAAGUUGACCAGAUAAAGCCAGUGGAGUACAGGCUCCAAUCUAAAGUACGCCAGCUUGAGUACCUGAAAAGUAAUCAUUUGCCAGCUCUGCUGGAAGAAAAACAAAGAGCUUCUGAAGUCCUUGACAGGGGCUUGUUAGGGUUAGAUAAUACUCUCUAUCAAAUAGAGAAAGAAAUAGAAGAAAAAGAAGAGCAGCUUGCCCAGUAUAGAGCUAGCACAAAUCAGCUGCAGCAGCUUCAAGAAACCUUUGAAUUCACAGCCAAUGUAGCUCGUCAGGAAGAAAAGGUUCGGAAAAAGGAAAAAGAAAUCCUUGAAUCAAGGGAAAAACAGCAGAGAGAGGCACUGGAGCAAGCUGUUGCUAAGUUAGAAAGGAGGCACUCUGCUUUGCAGCGUCGUUCGACGAUAGACUUUGAAAUUGAAGAGCAGAAACAGAAACUUGCUAACUUGAAUAACAGCUGCAGCGAGCAAGCAGGUCUGCAGGCUAGUCUAGAAGCUGAGCAGAAAGCCCUUGAACAAGACCGGGAACGCCUGGAUCAGGAAAUUCAGCAGCUGAAGCAAAAAAUAUACAAGGGUGAUGGUGGUCAGAAAGGAAAUCAUGGAACAUUAGAAGAGAGACUCUCCCAUACCACUUCCCCUACCAGCCCAGCAAAGCCACAGCCACCCACUGCUCCACUAGUUGAUGAUAGGAUAAGUGCCUUUAUUGAACAAGAAGUGCAGAGAAGGCUCCAGAAUAUUCAUCAUAAAGCUGAGGAUAAUGAUGUUAGCCUGUCCUGGUCUACAGAAAGUUUAAAGGAUAAUGGGAAGCUUAAUAAUGGCACUGUUCAACGCAAGCUGAAGUAUGAGCGGAUGGUCUGUCAUUCUCUGGGAGCAAAUCCAGAUGACCUAAAGGACCCAAUUAAAAUUAGUAUUCCACGCUAUGUCCUGUGUGGGCAGGGAAAGGAUGAACACUAUGAGUUUGAAAUAAAGAUAACAGUCCUGGAUGAGACAUGGACAGUAUUCAGGCGGUACAGUCGUUUUCGAGAAAUGCAUAAAACUUUAAAACUGAAGUAUCCAGAGCUUGCCACUUUAGAAUUCCCUCCAAAGAAACUCUUUGGAAACAAGGAUGAACGAGUGAUUGCAGAACGACGGAGUCACUUAGAGAAAUACCUCAGGAGCUUUUUCUCUGCAAUGCUGAAAUCUCCGUCAUCUCCGCUGCACGUUGAUAAAGUGAGGCUAACUCUGUCAAAACACACUAUCUGCGAAUUCUCACCCUUCUUCAGGAAAGGUGUUUUUGACUAUAGCAGCCAUGGGACAAGCUAA